AUGCAACUACUGGAUCAGCCAGGUGUUUUAAAAGUCAACAUAGUGCAGGAAUCCAAUAUAGCAAUGGCCAGCUUUUAUGAGCCGUGUUUAUCUGUUGCAACCAAAACGAUCACCUGUGCAAUUACCGAUUUCGAAAAUAACAAUAUCCAUCUUUUGGACAGACAAGGACAACUUCUUCGAUAUCUUAUCCCAGAUACGGGGGUCAGCCGUCCUAAAGCCAUUGCUAUUGACAGUGGCGAUUCAUCCCGUCAUCUGCUGAAGGACAUUUAUCACAAUAUGAGCAGGAAUAUAGGACUAGGGGCUCAGGCUGCCAUGAACACUUGCGCCGACUGCAGUGAACCUUCUGUGUGUACAUGUUCUUUAUGUAACACCAAAAUAUGCAGACAUCAUUUGAUUACCCACAUGGACACAGUUCACUUCCUAGCUGAUAAUGAUUCAGACAAAACAAAAUGUUCUGUUCAUUCCAAAUAUUUCCUGAAAACUUUCUGUAGAACUUGUCGUCUGCCACUUUGUGAUGUCUGUGUGACAGAUGGUGGCCAUGUUUUUCACGAAAAAAUUGACCUCGAUGCUAUCUUGGAAUUUUUCAAUGAAGUGAUUUCCGAUGAAAAUCAAGAGUUAAUAAGUUACAUAAGGCCCUUUUAUCAGAAGAUACUUGACAUCACAAACGAAAGGAAAAAAGGAGUUCCGUCUAACUAUAAAAAUGUGAAACAUGAAAUCAAACAGUUCGCUGAAUCCUUACACAAAGAAAUUGAGAGUGUAGUUCAGAUAUUGUAUGCUGAAAUGGAUGAGAAAGAAAAGACUGAAACGAAACAAUUGCAGGAACAGGAUGAUAUUUAUUCAUUGAGAAUAAGCAAAGUGGAUGAAACUGUUUUACAAAACAGGCAAUUAAUGAGUUCCAACAAUCCAAUCGAAUUAACGAAAUUUAGCUCCAGUCUGGCUUAUUUCCACGUAAAUCCGAGUCAAGUUAAAGAAGAGUUGCCUAAGUUCUCUCCUAUAACAAACAAAGAAGAAAUUAAAGAAAAGUUAUUUGGACUUUUUGGAGAGUUUUGUUCGAUGUGA